UCCAGGCUAAGGCAAAUUGGUUUAAUAAUUUAGGGUUAGAUAGCUAUGGCGCUCCAGCGAUCGCGCGAUCGGGGCUCCUACCGGAUGUAUCCCCCGCCGCCGCCAUCCGUGCCGCCAAUCCUCGCGGCGGGGAGCCCGGCGGCGCCUCCGCACAUUCCAAUGCCGCCUUCUUUCCAGUAUCAUCACCACCAGCAUCAGCAGCAGCCGCAGCAGCAGCCCCCGCGGCAAAAUCACCACCAGGUACAAGCGUCUCCUCAUCCUCACUCCUAUCACCAGCCGCGAGAGGUUCUUCUUCACGGCGGCGGCGCCGCUGGCGUGCCGGCUGUUCUUGAUCUGGCCAUGGCGGCAUACCGGCAGCGAGCGGUGCCGGCGCCGCCACCCCAGUCUAGCCACGGGAUUUUGGCCCCCCAGCAGCAGCGGCUCCAGCCCUCUCCCGGCUGGGACGAGAGGAAUUUUCGGAAUCAUCAUCUUCUUCCGCCAAUGCCGCAUCAGGGGCCGGAGAUGCGUAUCGAUUCUAGCGUGGUGCUAGACGGGAGGUUUCCACCGGAUAGUAGAUUAGCACCGAGUAGCGCAAACUAUAGGCCGCAUGCUUCCAUGGCGGACUCUCCACACGACAGGAACGUAUACUGGCAGCCUCCUCCCAGCAAUCUCUACUCGGCCGAGGUGAUGGUUCCCAGAGCUUACCAGCGGAGGACUCCAUCGCCAUUGCGUGGUAGCGAUCGCCGGUUUGUGGAAGUCGAGAGCGGGCAUUUGGCGUCCAGGUCCAUGGUGAGCUCGCCGCGGCCACACUACGAUCGAGAGGUACGUAACAGGAGCCGCGAGAGAAGCCCAGCUCGGUACCAGAGAGCGUCGAGGGUGGUGGAGCGGAGCUCUCCAUUGCCGGCGAGGCAGAGCUACGAAGGGCGACGGCAUUAUCACAGGGAAGAUGAUGAUCGUGAGGAUGGACAGCUUACGCCGGAGGAUAACAUCAGGAGGAAAGUGUAUGGGCGGAACUCAAUCACCAAGUAUCACGACCACUCGCACUCGACGUCGGAUUCUCACGGCCGGAACCAGAGAGUUCAUUCGCAGCAGAAGAGGGAGCGGCCGGCAUGCAAGGAGCUUGGCUCUCCGGUUAAGAAGUCGAGGUUUGAUGUGCGACCUCCACUGGUGGAGAUGCCUGGGGAGACCAGCGUAAAGAAGCUGACCGUCACGGGACACAAACAAGCUCCUAAAGACCAUCCGGCUCGAGAUUCUCGCAGUCCGCAACGCACUCCGAAAGAGAAAGAGAGAGCGCCCAGCCCUGUUCCAAAGCUUCACACGGUUGGAAAGUCGUCCUCGGCGAAAGCUUCUAUCCCGACUCCGACUCAUCCUCAGCCUUCGUCAUCCCAAGUACAGAAAAAGCUCAAGGAAAUACCAGAGAAAACCUUGCUCGCGAAUACCACGGAAGCUCCGACUGAUCCCGAGCCACAGGAACAAGCAGCUGUGGCGUUGGAACCCCGCCAAGCCAAGCACUUUGAAGCUGUUACGGAAAACGGACAAGCGAAGGAAGCUGAUGUUGAUAUUCCGGUAGCGGCAGUGGUAGAGAAUGGGGAACACGUAGAUAGCGUACUGGGAACUUCGUUAGUAUUAGCGGACGGAACUGAGAAACCGACAUCGUUAGAAUUAGCGCAGGUACCUGAGCGUGCUGCCCGGGAGGAGCAGCACACUACUGCACCAGCGGCGAGCACAAUUCAAGCGUUAGUCGACCAUUCACAGAAGGUUAUGUCUUCUUCCGACGAGCGCAAGCAUGGCUCGAAGCAGGCUGUAUUAAGUAUAAGGAAGAACCCGUCCAUGCCUGUGGCUUUCAAGCCGCGAACUACGGCUACGUCGAAGACAUGGCAUAGAGAUGGGAACGCUCCAGGAACCUCGAAGCUUUCGAACGUGUUUACCGCGGGCAAGUCCGGUGAAGCGUCUACGUUAAGCACUGCGCCAUCUUAUGUUCGGAAAGGCAACAGCCUGGUCAGAACAUCGCCGGUCUUGCCCAAGUACACGGGAUCUCCUUUACGAACUGCCGUGAUGAAGAAACCGACUGUGCGGAAGUCACCAAUCUUGGCAGCGGGUCCAUUAUCUUCUGGGGAUCAAAACCAACAGGGUAAAGCAAAUGCUACGUUGGAUUCGUCGAAAGCUCCAGUAGAAAUUAUCGAUCUCGAUCCUGAAGUACCCAGUAGUACAGCUCUAGACUCGUCAAAAAACUCUUCGGGUGUUGGGGAGCUCGACAAGCAGAACAGCGUUCCUGGUGAAAAUAGCGGCACGAUACGCUCCAAGACCAGUCCGCUUGUGGUUUCACCAUCUGGGGAACACGACCACUGUAAACCGGACGUGUACGUCAAACGGAAAACCAAUCAGCUAGUUCGAAAUACAGAAAGUUCUCGCAAGCGAGAACAGAGCUCUGAAGAUCUGCCGGUGAUGAAAACCAAGCUAGGAAAAGCUUUGCGGUUGAAGAAGAAUUCGUCUUCUUGGGUGUGGACGCCGAGUGAUACCCACAAAGCACCACACUUAAUGCCUUGGAAGAAACGGCUUUAUAGAAGAGUCCGAACGCGUAGGCUGGAGGUUCUUCCUAAAGGGAAGAAAGGCUCGUUGCUAUCGCUUAUAAGCGAAAAGCUUCGGGUAUUACGGACGUCACAGCCUUUAUAUACUCGCUCUGCAAAUGGCUUUUCGCUGCAUAGAUCUGGUGUUCGUAGCGUUGACGGUGCCAGUCUUAAAUGGACAAAGUCACUCGAGAAACGCUCUCGGCAAGCAAACCAGGACGCUACGAAGGCGGUGGCAGCUUUGGAGAAACAUUGCCGGAAGAAAACUGAUAAAGGAGGCGUCAAAGCUGGAACAUCACGCGAGCGCAUUGUCCUGGUCGGGCUUGUACGAUACAAGAUGGACCCGUCGAAACGAACACUGCAGCGGAUACAAGAGUCGUCUGAAAACUCUAAUGUCUCGAGUUCAUCAACUGGCGCUUGGGGCUUGUUGACUCCAAGGCGUGCAUCGAUUGGAGGUGCAGUCUACGUGAGAAUGGGAAAUGGCAACCAGCUUGUGCGGGAUCCAAAGGCUUCGAGCAGGGCGUUGGCAAGCGAGAAAGUCAGAUGGAGUCUACAUAAUAUCAGGUCCCGUGUCAUCAAGAAGCAGCAGUACUGCCAGUUCUUUACAAGAUUUGGCAAGUGCAAGAAGGGAGAUGGAAAAUGCCCCUACAUUCACGACGCUGGUAAGGUGGCGGUGUGUACCAAAUUCUUGAAAGGUUCCUGUUCGAACGUAAGCUGUCUCUUGACACACAAGGUCUUACCGGAGAGGAUGCCAGACUGCUCUUUCUUUCUACAAGGCUUGUGCAUAAACGAGGAAUGCCCCUAUCGGCACGUGAAUGUGAAUCCAGAUGCUCCAGUCUGCGAAGGCUUUCUAAAAGGGUACUGCGCGAGCGGUGAUCAGGUCGUCUCUAUUUUUCCCCGAUUGAAGUUUAACUCUGGCUCUUACUUUUGCUUCCAGUGCAACAAGAAACACACGUACGUGUGCCCCGCCUACGCUGCCACCGGAGAGUGCCCGGAGAGAGCAGCAUGCAAGCUCCACCAUCCCAACAAGAAGGAGCGCACCAGAGAGGUAAGCACCAAAGCAAGCACCAAGGGCGAGAAGAAGCGGCGCUACUUUGUUGGCUCGGAAAUACCCCCUCGCCCGCUGGCAAUGGGAUCGUCGUCUCAAGACGUGCCCGGGAACAUAGACGCAGGGGUGGAGUUCAUCAGUUUGGAAGGGAUUAGUCUGGACGGCGUAGAGAGGGAUACAGACUCCGGGGACUCACGGAAGCCUCGGGUGCGAGAGGAUGGCCUCUUAUGGUUCAACGAUAUGUCGGAGGAAGAGGUGGAGAGGCUGAUAAAGCCAGCGUUCGUGUGGCAGUCCCGCGAGCUCCUCCAAGUGUAACUUCUACUUCUCCGAUCGUUCGCGAAGUUUGGAAUGGGGUAUAGGCAACUAGAUAAUCGAACAAGGCGGGGGAGCGAAAUUCUUUGCAGGAAGGCAGUGCAGGGCGAGGAAACUGUUUCUUCCUUCCUUUUGUGUUUUUUUUUUUUUUUUUUUUUUUUUUUUGAUGUGUGUGUAUAAUCCAACAUCAAGAAAAGGUGACAAAUCUAAGUAAUCUUCCAAGAUA